GUUGAAAUAAAUCUGUGACUCGAAUUAAACAGAUGAACCAAAAUGAGAGAGACAAUUUAAUAAAAUUAAAUCGCGAGGACAAUUUACUCAUUUAAUCAACUCAACAAUCAGAGAGUUGUGAUCACAAUUACAAUUAAUCAUGGAUCUAUUUUCACUAAUUGUUAUUUUAUCUUCACUUACAUUUCAAUUUGCCUUAAAUGGUCCGAUUACCGUUCUAGGUGGUGUAUUGUUAUCUGAGUCCCUUUUACGGGACAACGAAUGUACAAUGACCGAUGGUCGACCCGGAAGUUGUAAAAUCCUUUCCAUCGAGAAAUGUUCAACCCUCAAGACAAACGAACCAUUGAAACAAUGUAACAAGAACAGUUUACCCUUUUCAUUUAAUCCAGUUUGUUGUCCAUUCAGUAAUAAACCAGGAGUAUUACCAACAGCACCAAAAAAGGGUUGUGGUAAUCAACCAAGUAUCAAGGCUAUUGUUGGAGGUCAAGUUGUUAACCCUGGUAAUAAAUACCCAUGGAUGAUUGGACUCAUGUCCAAAUCUUAUAAUCGUUAUCGUCUCAUCUGUGGUGGUGCUUUGAUUAACGAGAAAUUUGUUCUGACCGCUGCUCAUUGUGUCACUCGAACCUCUGGUAAAGUCAAAGCGAGUGAACUUAAAGUUAAAUUGGGUUCAUUUGAUAUCAACGAUUCAGGAAGUUUACUUGAUAUCGAAGCUGUUUAUCCUCACGAAGAAUACAAAUUCUGGCUUGCUUAUCAUGAUAUCGCUCUGAUUAAAUUGAAAAAUCCCGUUAAAAUGGACGAUGUCUUGGAACCAAUUUGUUUACCUCCUUUCGAUACCAAGAAAAAAUUAGACACCAAGGAAAUGAUCGGAUCUCCAGUUACUGUUGCUGGUUGGGGAACAACUUCCUACGAAGGAUCAACGUCUAAAUUACUUCGUGAAGUAACUGUAACAAUCCAAGAUCGAGAUGAGUGUAAUCGUAACUACACCAAAAUGGAAGGCGCUAAAUCAGUUCUUCCCGAUGGAGUCAACGAAUCUUUCCUUUGUGCAAGCGAACAGGGCAAAGAUUCAUGUCAAGGCGAUUCUGGUGGACCUUUAAUGUACACUGACCCAAAGACUGGACUGGUCAGUCAAAUCGGUGUCGUUUCCUUUGGCUACAAAUGCGCCGAACCAGGAUUCCCUGGUGUUUACACCAAUGUUGCCCAUUACUUGAAAUGGAUCGGCAGUCACAUUGAAGAUUACAAUUAGAUUAAUUAAUUAACUACAAUUAGCAUUGAAUGACUUACAACAAUCAGCUCAUUUCCAUUGAGUUAAUAAAACAGUUUCACUUUAUCUUGA